GUUGAGUGAAGAUUUUUGUGACAGCGAAAGUUCCUCCGAUUCUUUGGUCCUGGUUGCGGCCUGUCGGGGAGAAGCGAUGCUUCCAUCAGAAUGCCUGGGUGUGUCGAGGGUGCCAGGAUGCUAGAGGUGGCAUAAGGUGUGUGUGAAUGAAAAUGCCUCAUUGCCAAAACCAAUUUCACCGCAAGACGCACUUACUCCUUCUUUGGGAAAGUUGAGCCCAUCGCUGACUCAUGGUCAGUUCGGCGGCAAGACCAUCAUGGUUGCAGAAGCAAAGUUCCCCAGUUCGUGCACCCGAGCACUAAGCGGCUAUCAUCGCCCGACAAAACCGCCAGCACACCCUAGACACUACUAGCGUGGUGCCACGGACGCUUCUGCGAGGUCCUCUUUAGCAGGUGCAAGCACGGCUCUAGUACCCGACGACGUCCUCGCCAGUUCGGUUGCAUUUCCGCGAUCAUGAGCGCCGACCUGUCCUCCUCGAAGUCAGAAUGCGUGAAGGUGGUGAUCCGGUGUCGGCCACUGUCGGGACAGGAGAUCCAUAUGCAAUGCAAAAGCAUCGUACUAUUAGUAGAAAUUGCAUGACAAAUUAGCCCAGCAUUACAAAUUUAAUUUGUAAUGCUGAUUUACCUUAAAAAGGAGAUUUGUAAUGCACCAGAAAUGCAAUUACUACGAGGACGAUACUUUUGCACAGGAUAAUCCAGGACGGGCGGCAAAAAGUCGUCGAUCUCGACGUAAAAAGCUCGUCCGUGACGUGUAGAAAACCAAACGACGCAACGGCAGUGAAGUCCUUCACAUUCGACGCGGUUUAUGACCACAAUUCAACGCAGGUACUUACUAGUAAAAGUUUAUCUACAACGGACUCUUGCGAAGUAGAUUGCUGGUAAGGUACGUUUGCCAUGCGUUUCUGCUACUUGCCAGGUUGUUUAUGUUUGUCAUGCUUGAGUACAAAUCUAUCACGUCGCUAUCAGGUCGCAAUCUACGAAGAAACUGCGUCCAUCAUCGUGGAUAGCACGUUAGAUGGCUACAAUGGCACGGUGUUUGCCUACGGGCAAACGGGAACCGGAAAGACCUUCACCAUGGUGGGGGUGCUGGAGCAAGAGGAACUGCUCGGUAUGGAGGAGGUUUUUUUUCUGCAAGAAACUUGUCAAGCGUAAGCACCCUAUCCCACUUCCAUCUGUCAUGCUCAAUUCUGCAUCUAGUACUACUCAUCGCACCAAACAACUAUCAGGUAUGAUCCCCCGCGCAUUUGAGCACAUUUUCCGCCACAUCCUAUCAGAAUGCACAACUUCCCCUCUACCUCUUUUGCAUGGCAUGAAGAGCAAUACAAACACCAGUACAGGUGGAGCCUGUGCAUGACAAGUUCAUGCGCCGAGUGAAGUACUGUUUGGGAUUCCGGAAUUUGUCAUGCACGCAGUGCCACAAUGACAAUGUAGCAACUGAAUAUAGGGCUUUUGCAUGACAAAUGAGGGGGAGGGGGGAUUGUGCACUCUCAUACAUCCAGACCACCGGCGAAAACUCGCAGUUCCUCGUCCGUGCAAGCUACCUAUGGAUUGCAACAAUGUCUGGGUCUGGAAGAGCCAAACUUGUGAUGCUGCAUUUGAAAGCUAUAAAAAUCUGUAUUGCAUGAGCAGCAAGAGGAGUCAAAUUUGGCUACGCGGAGAGGACAUUUGUCAUGCAGGAUGCGCAUCGAUAGGCGCUCAAAAAAUCUGUGAUGUGUAUGGCAUACAUCAGAGACAUCAUGGAUCAUGGAAAACGUGCAUGACAAACUAGCUCAUGUAGAAAUACAAAGCAGAUACUACAACAGACUAGCAGCGUGCGGGGGGAGACCAAUGCGGUCUCCCCCCACCCGCUGCGACUAUUAAAAAACACACCAGGGAACUUCUUUUUUUCCAGCAGAGGCUGGUCGUGGGUUGUGGGGAAAAGACGGGGAUUAGAAAUAGGAACAAGAUGCUAGCGCGAGUUUAAAUCAGGCGUAACCUCUUGAAGAUUUCCGCAUCGCUUUGUUUUACUUUUACUCUACAGACUAACCCACGCUAACAGACACGAAGCUUAGAAGAAAACAUCAUGAAAAACGAAAGCGGGCGCGGAGUCAGCGCGGCAAAGUGGGGAGUCAUGAUAAGGAGAUAUGACGGAAAACAGCCACGAGCCCGAGCCCCGCGCGGAUGCAAUCGAGGGACAUCGGCGAGCCGCUCGAGCUACAGGACGGGGGGGACUAGGCCCCGGUGGACACGCACGCGGGAGAGGAGGGGGAAAACGGAAGCGAGGCGAGAACAAGACGCGCAGUACAAUGUGCUGGAGCAGAGGACAAGAGCAGAUAGUAAGAAUAUCAAAACAAGAUGAAAAAUGCACGCAUACGCGCGCACUGCUUAACUGUGUGAAAGGUGUCGGCCCUGUUUGACCUGCUGCGGCAGGCAGGUGAAUUCGUAGAACUGCUUCACAUGUUAAGUAACGCACACCGGCCUCCUAGUUUUAGUGAUGAAUUUAUACACGAGCGGAAAGCGCACCUGAAACUGAAACUACUAAAAAACUAGUUAGCGCAGCGGCUUACUGCGCAGCGUCGGUUCGUGCACGUGUGUCGCCCUUCGUUCGUUGCCUUCAGGAGCUUGAUCGUAAAUUCGUACGCUCCUCCUGCUUCGAAAAAAAUCCGAUCUUCCCAUCUGCCCCCAUCUUCCCAUGUAGAUUUAGGUCUCUGCCCUUUUAUUUCUUCUUUUGCGUAGUGUUGUUGUUUUACCUGACUCGCCUUCUUAGCGCUAGCCCGCGUAGCCCGCGUCCUUGCAGGGGCAGCUGUUUUUUUUUCCGCCUUGCCAGCGGGUUUUGUCUUGGGGAAGAAAGCAGUCUGGGUUCAACGGUCCCCGCCCCCCCAUCAUCGUGGGUUCGACGGCCCCCAUCCCUAAAGAGACCACUUAGAAAUAGUUUUACAGUAGAUUGCAAAUUUUACAGUGGUCGCCCGUUUUGCAUCGGCCGAGGCUGCACACGCGUCCGGAGUAUUUUUCACUGACGUCCCUCGGCUUGGGUCAUAUGAUGUUCUUCGUCAGGUCGCGCAGCCUCUAUUAAUGCGAUUCGGGUCGGCUGCGCCCUAUGGCUAGUAUCUGUGAUCCAGCUCGACCAUAUAUUUCGGGGGGCAGUAACGUGAAGGAAAAGCGUUCUUUCGGGGGCGCCUAGUAACCACGCAAACACGAACCCGGAUAACGCCCCCUAUGGGUGACUAGCUCCAUACACAGUGGUCUCGCCCUAUCUUUACUAUUUUUCAGUGCAGCGGCUUACUGCACUUAUCGCCCUACGGAGACUGUGAUCUGACCCCCCUCUACCUUCCCUGGUGGACGUCUGCCGCGGCUUACGGCUCUAGACGUUAACUAGGAUCAGUGCGUUGUGCGGGUUUAGGGUUUUGAAAUUAAUUUUGUAUCUCCCACUGCUGCAUGAACCUGCUGCAAGAACUUGUUAUGCAAAACAACCUUCGGGUUGUUCCCGCGCUUCAGGAGUAGUCCUGUUGCGUGAUGGCGGCAGAAGAUGAAAAAAGGUGUUGGCUUAGGGGGUUCAAAAUGUUUGUGCAUGUGUGAUGCAAAAGACGAAGAAAAAUUCGUGCGUGGGAGCGCAUUUUUAAGCACAGCGGGCGGGUGUCGUUCCCGCCGUCACACAAUGCCAUACAAUACAAUACAAUACAACAGAGCGGGGCCCAAUUAAAAAAAAAAAAAAAACGUGCAUGACAAACUUCUCCUCUUCCAGACCCAGACAUAUUUGCAGUUGAUACUACCUGGAGAUUUACAAUGAGGAAAUUCGAGACUUGUUGUCGAAGAACCCCAAAACCAAAUUAGAGUUGAAAGACAACCCAGACACUGGAGUUUACGUGAAGGAUUUGAGUGCGUUUGUCGUCAAGGGCGUCGAAGAGAUGCAUCAGGUAAGUAAGAGGAGAUGCUUCAGCAAAAAUGCUUCCUGAAUGAACAAGCGCAUGACAAAACAAGUUUUUUUUUCGCAAACAACGCAUGACAAACUUUUUUUAAGCACUUCUACUUCAGGUCAUGGCCGCGGGCACCAGGAACCGGUCCGUUGGACAAAUAUCCUGUGCAAAAGUAUCGUACUCGUAGUAAUCGCAAUCAUGCAUUACAAAUCUAUAUCCCAAGGCAAAACAGCAUGACAAAUUCCAUUUGUCAUGCUGAGCUAAUUUGUAUUGCAAUUACUACUAGUUGUACGAUACUUUUGCACUUGAUAACAAACGAAGAUGAACGAAACCUCCUCCCGAUCACAUUAUGCGUGGCAAAUAUAAGGUCUCGAUUUGCGAUGCAGGAAUCGUAUGGCAAAGGAAAGGAAUCUGCAAUUAUGCAUUUUUGUCACGCGGCAUAAUGAAAAGGUCACAACAGGCAUGUCUCAAAAUCGAAAAUUUUUCCUGCACUCAUUCCCCCCCAAAGAUUCUUCACCAUGCGAGUAGAGUCACCAGUAGUUUUAUUUCCAGCUGCAAACCAAGACACCAUAUUUGCAGUGGAUUCGCAUUCUAUUUUUACGAUUACCAUCGAGUGCAGCACGAACGGGCACAUCAGAGUUGGGAAACUAAACAUGGUGGAUCUCGUAUCCUGUGUAAAGACGUCCCCACCCCAGAGUCAAGAUGGGGAUUUUGCAACACAAACCGAGAACUUUUGCGAGUCACGCAUGACAAGUUGCAGCCUGUAGUGUAGUGCAGCUUAGCAAGGGAAUUCGCAUUGCAAAUCCGUCUCGUCAUCCUGUUUACAGCAUUACAAGUUUCAAAACACGACUGGAAGUGCCUUCCUUGGAGAUGCGCAUCACAAAUGCCCCUCUGCUUGCUAAUCUGCAUGACAACUCUGGGGUGGGGACGUUUUUCCUCGGGAUAUCUCGCCGGUUCGGAAAGGCAGUCGAAAACCGGCGUAUCAACUGUAAAAAUGUCUGGGUCUGGAAGAUUACAACUUGUCAUGCUAAAUCUGCAGCAUGCAAAAAUCUGUGUUGCAUGAUUACCAAAAGUCGUCCAGUUUUGACCAAGUCGGGAGGUAGUUUCUCAUGCAGGAUAGGCAUUAGAAAGGUCUCGCAGAAUCUGUCAUGCUAGGUCCUGCAUUCCAGACCUCGUGGGUCAUGGAAAAGCAGCAUGACAAAUCGCGCACUCUUCCAGACCCAGACAUUUUUACAUUUGAUACGGCGCGACGGGGGACACUUUGAAGGAAGCCACGAAAAUCAACUUGUCGCUAUCCGCCUUGGGAAACGUGAUUUCCGCGUUGGUGGACGCGAAAACGAGUUUUGUGCCGUACAGGGACUCGAAGCUGACCCGGUUGUUACAAGACUCGCUGGGAGGGAAUACGAAGUAUUGCUUUGUUACACCCUCACUCCGUGUGUUUUGUGUCAUGCUUGAAAAGCGGUAUUGAGAGGACGCUGCACUGCUUCAAGAGAAAAUGUAGUACUAUGCGUAACAAAUGCGCAUGAGAUCAUGAAAUCAAUUUCAAAAUUCCUAUCAGAACCGUCAUGGUAGCAAAUGUCGGCCCUGUGGAUUACAACUAUGACGAAACGAUUUCCACUCUCCGCUACGCGCACCGGGCGAAAUCGAUUCAGAACAAACCGAAAAUCAACGAGGACCCCAAGGACGCCAUGCUCCGCGAGUUUCAGGAGGAUAUGGGGUUCUCAAGCGUUACAUUCUCAACUGUUACAUGAAUUUGCCAUGCAAACUUGCCUUCGAUAUCUACAUGAUCAAGCUGCUUCGCAUGACAAAUUCUCGAUGCGCUAGAUAGCAUCAGAAUCUCCUGCGCCAAACCUGUAAUGCAAAAGGCGCAAUGUAUCCCCUUUCACUUUUGCCAUUCUUGCAUUGCAAAUCCAUGUACACAGUUGAGAGUGUAACUGAUUUGAGAAUCCCAUAGAGGAGAUUGCCCGGUUACGCCGGCAGGUGGAAUUACAGCAGGCAGGACACUAUGCAGUGCAAAAGCAUAGUACUCGUGUCAAUGCAUUACAAAUUUCCUCAGCAUGAGAAAUAGAAUUUGUAAUGCGGAUUUGCCCCAAGAAAAAGAUUUGUGAUGCAUGAUUGCAAUACGAGCGCGAUACUUUUGCACAGAAUAGACACCAAGUCGUCAUCGAUCCGGAGACCGGGGAGGAGAAGGUGAUUACGGAGAAGAUAAUAGAAAAAGUGGUGGAAGUGGAGAAGGACAUGGGCGGGGCGGUAUGGGAGUGCACAGCUCCCCCUUCCCCUCAACAUUUGUAUUGCAAUAAUAUCCCAAAUACAGUUACGGCCUUGUGGCGCUGUUUGCAUCACAAAUUUUUCCGGUGGAACCCCAAACAUUACUACACUUCUCAGCGCACGAACUUGUCAUGCGCAGCAUCCACCUGUAUUGGCGUUUGUAUUGCUGUUCAUGCCAACAUGCAAAUGAGGGUGAGGGGGGGUUGUGCACUCUCAUGGGCGAGUCAAUCGGACGCGAAGAUGCUGUAUCAAAUGUAAAAAUGUCUGGGUCUGGAAGAUUCCGAACUUGUGAUGCGUAUUUCAGAACACAGAAAAAUCUCUCAUGCAUAGGGAGCAAAAGCUGCCCACUUUCUGCCACCAAAGUGGCGGACUUGUCAUGCGGAUUCGGCAUUGCGGAAGCUUCACGAAACCUGUGAUGCUAGAGCUUCCAUGCCACCCCUUCUGUGUCAUGCAAAAACAGCAUGACUCUUCCAGAGCCAGACCCAGACAUUUUUACAUUUGAUAUGCUGGAGGAGAAGAUGCUGGAGGAGAAGCUGCAGAUGGAGCAAGAGUUAGAGCAGGAAAGGCUACGGAUCGAGCAGGAAAAGGGGCAAACCGAAGCGGAGAAAGAGCAGUUGCUGAAAGAACUGAUGGAGAAGGAAAAGUUGGCGGAGGACCAGCGGAAGCAGCAUAUGGAACAAAACGAAAAUUUAUCCGUACACGUAGAAGUAGAACAGAUCGCUUUGCUAACUUAGAAGCAAGAGAGAUAAGAUUUGUAUUGCUAAAUUGAGAAAAGAAGCAAGAACUUUAUCAUGCAGAAGUAGAAUGCAACUAAUGAAUUCGUGUACGGCAAAAUUUUUUUUUCUCUCCACACAGCAGGCGGAGAUGAUACAGAAGGUAAAGCAAAUGGAAGAGAAAAUUCUCGCCGGCUCGUCCGUCAUGGAAAAGGCCGCGCAGCAGGAACUGGAACUGCAGAAAGCCCAGCGCGCGGUGGCGGAAAUGAAGAGAAACGAGAAGAAAUUGGCGAAGCUCGCAGAAAAAAACAUCGACGAGAAACUGAUGCUGCAGGAAAAAUUAUGGAAAGAAAAAAGCGUAUACAGUCACAGUUACACUUUGUGUUCUUGCAGACCAAGCAAGACAGACAAGGUCUGUCAUGCCGGAUAUGCUCAGGAGUUUCGUUUUAUUAGUCUUUUUCCCUAUUUUCUCUGCAUGGCAAGUUUCCUCGCUCAUGCAGAACACGUUUGUGUUGCUGCUUGUCCAGGAGCAAAUGUGUAACUGAGACACUUCUCUCCUUCGAUAAAAAUCGAAUUCCGUGGAGGAGCAGGUGCAGAAACUCACAACGAAACUGGAAAAGCUGUGGGAGCGGUACCAGCUCGCGCAGCAGGAAAUUAAGGAUUUGCAGCACGAGUUCCAACUAGAGCGCGAAGAUUUGCUGGAGACGAUAAGGGCAGCCGCGAAGGAAGUGAAGCUGAAAACGUUGUUGAUGGAUGAAUUUGUUCCGAACAACAUGAAGUCCCUGGUGGAGAAAUACAGUCACUGGAACGAGGAAGAGGGAAUUUGGACCAUAUCCUGCGCAAAACUAUGGUACUCGUAUGUAGUGAGGUCACGAACGUUCUAAUCUAGCGAUCUUUUUGACAUGUCUCAUGCAAAACGACCGGCAGUUUUCAAGCGGCCGGAAGGCUUUUUUGACAUAAAAAAUUUCCAAUUAUCAAGCGGCCGGGGCGUUUGCGGCAAAAAAGCCCGAGCGGAUUCUAUCGAUUCCCGCUUGAUAAAACGUCGCAGGGGAGCCGGCAAAAGGGGCGCCCUUCUGAGGCGCCCACCGCCUUAGUUUCUGGCGAUUUGCGGCGCCGAAAAAUGGGCGCCCAAAAAGCAGCACUCCGAAAAAAGCAGCGAAUCCGCAUGAUAUGGGCCUCAUUUUGCCCCACAUUCGGGCCCCGCAAAAGACGCCUUCAAAAUCCGCCAUUUCAGAGGCGGGCUGAAGGCCAGAAGAUGCGUCAUUUUGACAAAAAAAAAACAAAAGAAACAAAGUCCGCCAAAAGCAAAAAGCCAAUCCGCAUGCUAUGGGCCCGCUUUGGGGCUCCCAAGGGGCCGACCCUUGCGCGGGCCCUGGCGGGGCCAUAGCAUGCGGGGAAGGUUUUUCGAUUCGAAACCAAAUGGAGGCCGCCUCUGGAUCGAGAUUUUUAGCGACCGCCGUGCCGUCGUGCAUAACAUUGCUCACGAUGGCAUGGUGGGCAGAGAAGUUGCGUCCUUUUUUGGCGUGAACACAAAAAGACCGCCAUGACCUCACUACCUCCGCGGACCCGGCUAUUAUUGGUAGUUGUAAUUGCAGUCAUGCAUUAAAGGUAAAUCCGCAUUGCAAAUGCAAUUUCUCAUGCUGAGAAAUGCAUUUCUACGAGUACGAUACUUUUGCAAUUCAUAGACCAUCGAAAAGAUCCAUUUAGCGGGCAACAACCUGCUCGCGCCCGGAGCGGCGCAGGGGGCCGGCGGGUUUGGAAGUGGAGCAGGAGGGUCAAAUCCACCCGGGAGUGGCAGUGGGGAGCAAACCCGGUACGACCGGGCCUGCAUGCGGCAAAACGUGUACUUCGUGUACGACAGUCGGGAGGGGAUGCUACGAUCAAACAAAAUGAUUUCCACCGCGUCCGUAAAGCAGACAAAUCUCGUGUCCGCGCGCAAGUCGAAAUCGCAGUCCGCCCGACCGAAUACCGCCAGUCGGAAGGGGCGGGGCGCGGUAUCAAAUGCAAAUAUGUCUGGGUCUGGGAGAGCGGAACUUGUGAUGCUGCAUUUGGAUUCCAAAGAAAUCUGUAUUGUAUGAGCAGCAAGGGGAUUGUAAUUCUUUCUACGCGGAGAGGGAGAGGGCAUUUGUCAUGCGGAAUAGGCAUCAAGCAGCCCUCAAAAGUUCUCUCAUGCUAAGGCAUGGUGCAUCACAGACAUGAUGGCUCAUCCAAAACGUGCAUGACAAGUCUCGGAAUCUUCCAGACCCAGACAUAUCUGCAUUUGAUACGCGGGCGUGAUGGGCAGUACUGCCGCGAGCGGCGGGUUUUCCGGGGCAAACUAUCCUGUGCAAAAGUAUCGUACUCGUAUUGCAGUCAUGCAUUACAAAUCUUUUUCUUGAGGUAAAUCCGCAUUACAAAUUUUAUUGCUCAUGCUGAGGAGAUUUGUAAUGCAUUUAUACGAGUACGAUACUGUUGCAGUUCAUACAAACGGCAACGCAACCAUGUCCACAACCGCUGGGGGCGGCGGGGGCAACACUAUGAAUUGCAAAAGUAUCGUACUCCUACAUACUCGUAUAAAUGCAUUACAAAUUUCCACAACAUGAGAAAUGAAAUUUGUAAUGCGGAUUUGCCUUAAGGAAAGGAUUUGUAAUGCAAGACUUGCAUUUAUACGAGUACGAUACUUAUGCACAGGAUAAACACGCCCGUGGACGGAUUUGGCGGGUUUGGCGGUGGCGGCGAGUUUAUCAACUGCAAAAAUGUUUGGGUCUGGAAACUUGUAAUGCUGCGCUGGGGCUAGUGAAUGCUCUGUAAUGCACAGCCACGCAUGAGAAAUAUCUGCGCUUCUUUGUGUUGCGUUUUUCGCAUUACAAACUGCGUUUUUGCAUGACAGGCGAAAGGGUCUCUUCUUGGACACGCAUCGCAAACUUUUUGGUGAUGCCAGACAAGCAUGACAAGUCUCAAAAUCUUCCAGACCCAGACACUUUUGCAUUUGAUAGAGUUUAUGGGCCAGCAGGAUUUGGAAAGGGAAAGUAAAAGUUCCAGGAGUAGGAGAGGAAGCACGGACUCGAUAUGAGAGUGCACAAGAAGAACUCUUGUUCCCGCUCAUUUUUUAGCGGGCAUGAAAAGUACUAAGGGGAAGCAACUCGAUGACAAAAUCGUCAGCCUAAUGUUAGGGCUUCGAAAUUUCAAUUUGUCAUGAAAACUACAUUCUUGCCACAGCGACAGCGCAGGAACUUGAUUUAGCACAGCUGUUUUGCAUAUACAAAUGAGGAAGAGGGGGAGUUGUGCACUCUCAUAUUCGAGCGCCAGCUUUCCAAAGGCCAGGGGACUGGUGCAGAGGGGGUAGUAGAUGGGAAGAGGAGCAGAGAAGUUGUGCGGACUUUCUCUCACUACCACUUUCAUCUUGCAGUUGUUUUUGAGAAACAGAGAAAAAGUAAAUACCUGCAUUUUGCACUUUUAUGAAUACUUAGAUUUCACUUUUGACAUCGACCUCGUUAGCCACAUCAGCUACACACUAUUUUUUCGUAAAGAAGACACAUCAAAGAGAAAGAAAGGGGAGACCAAAUAAACAUGAUUACUGUAAACAGAUCACAGCGGCGCUGAGUAAAACUCCGCGCGGUGUGCACAAAGAUUGGUGCGCGGGAAGCGUUUCUUGCAAGAGAAAUUUGGUGGUAAAAGACGUUCGAUCAAGACCGUGCGAAAAGAAGUUCUUUGAGCAGUACGCCUGCCUAGACAAAAAGGAUUGAGAUUUAGCUCUACUAGCUUCAAAACGGCACCUGCUCACCAGCUGUGGAAGCAAGCGCCGGAGUUUCUGCGAAGAGAAGGCAUCGACAGCUUCAGUGGUGUUCAACAGUUUCCAAUUUAAAUAAAGCCGGAGGUGGACUGUGUUGUUUCGGCCAUGUCGUGCUAGCAGC